AUCAACAAAUACGCUUGGAUUUCAAAACAGUUUAGUGACUCUCAACCUUUGCGGGCACACGUUGAUGACGGAACGUGGCAGUGACCAAAAUCACUAGCAGCUAGGCUGGUGCAAGUUUGGAAUGCGUGUGGACUGUGGAGGCUACACGAAUUGAAAACUUGGUUGAAUUGCUUUGGCAACACUGUUCCAGAAAAGAUGUAUAGAAUUGUAAUUUUCACAAUGUAGUUUUCAGUUUUGUGUUCCAUCCGAAUUGUAUUGUACAUUGGAGAUGUAAAUAAAAGUGCAGACACCCAAUAUAAUGCCACCUCAACCUUAAUGUCAUUUGUGAAAGUCCUUGAAUAUGAGUGCAGUUCGACACUACGUUGUUGAGUGUUUAUGGGCAGCAAGUUGUAGGUAGUCCUGCAGUGUUAACGGGGUUUGCUUCGAAACUGUAAUUUAAUUAUUGCUCGUCAUGGAGGAAACCAAUCAAAAUUCAUGUCAGAUAUGUAAUCGCUGUGCAGGGAAGUACAUGUGUCCGCGGUGCAAUAUUUCGUUUUGCUCUGUCCAAUGUUAUCAGUCAGAUACACAUAGUGGGUGCUCUGAAACAUUUUAUAAGGAAAGUGUUCUACGGGAACUAAAACUGGAAAACGAUGAUCCUGAAGGGCAAAGAAAAAUGCUGGAAAUACUUUCUAGGAUGCGAACGGAAGAACAGGAUGAAUUGGACUCAGAUGAUGAACGUGAUCUCAGUGAACGACUUGAAGGUGUGGACUUAGAUGAUGCUGAUUCUGUGUGGAAGUGUCUCACAGAAUGCGAGCGACAAGAAUUUGAAGCUCUUGUAAGAGAAGGCGAUAUUACAGAUGUCUUGCCACUCUGGGAACCUUGGUGGACUUACAGAAAAGAGAAAGCUCUUGUGCAGGAACUAGAUGAAGCAUGUUGUACUGAAGAGGAGUCGUACAUAAAAACUUGCCCUCCGCUAAAGACUGGCAUCCCUCAUUUUUCACAUUUAUCGAAACAUCCUCCAGCUCCUGAUGUGAAAUGGAACAUUAUAAAUGUUCUGGCAGCAUAUUGUUAUGUAGCAAGGUAUUUCAAUGGAGAUCAUAAAGAACAACCUCUCCAAGCUGCUUGUCUACUGGAACGGCUCUCUGGUGUUCUACGUGCAAACUUUAGCUACAAGUCGACAGAAAUAGCAGUUGACGCUGUAGUUCAGGAUAUUCUUUCUUGCUUUGGACAUACUGAAGAAACUAUUUAUGAUGAUGUAAUGAAAGUGCUUCGUGGACCUGAGGAAAGCAGACCUUAUUUCUAUGUACAGGCUGGCUUGAGUGAUAUCCAUCAUCUGUUUGCUCUUGCCUAUAAAAUAAAAAAAUCAGGUUCGAAGAGAAAAACUGGUGAAUUUAGCAAAUUCUUUAAGGAAUCUCUGUAUGAUGGCCAUGACAUAACAAAGGAACAACUCUUUCUUUUAAAAAAGAAAGUUGAGUAUUUUUUAGCAUGGGUGAAUGAAUAUUUAUUAAAUAAAGGACAAACUUUAGUAACGUAGUAAUUUUUGUGUUGACAUUCCAAACUUUUGUAUGGGAAAAGUAUUGUUUUCAUUUUAUAAUAAAAAUAAUAAAAAAGGAGUUGCUUACUUUUUCUGUAAUACUGAGUUACAAAGAGGCCUAGCAUUCAACUGUAAUGAUGUUUGAUCAACAAAGCUGGUUAAAUGUUGAAUAAAUCAUAGUUUCUACUUAUGCAUUCCCUCCAGAUCUACCCAAUGUUAUAUUGUAGGAAGUGUCAAUCAAAGCUGAUUAGGGCUGGAGGAGGCUGUCAUUUCAUUGCAGAUAGCUCAUCAGCAAAUGCAGGUAACAAAUUGGAGUUUCUGAGUCAGUUUAUUUACAAUGUUGCCAUAAAAGACAAAUAGUAAAUGAAUGAGUGGUCAUUUCAUGACUCAUAUUGUGCAGGUAUACUUUGUGUCAUACAGAAGAGCAGGUAUGUUGAUGUAUACAGCAAUUUGUAAAUUCUUCUUGCACAAGUGCUUUAUCUGAUAUUAUUAUUUCAUUUGUAAUUGGACAGUAAACAUUACCACACAUUUGUGGUCGUGUCAGUGUCUUACACAAUGUAUUUUGUAAAUUUCAGUAUUAUGUAUU